AAAAACACACUCUAUACUCUGUCUUUGCUUUCUCCGCUAAAACAAACAGUUUUAUCCAACUCUCUAUGCUUUCCUAAUAAAAAAAUUAAAAACAAAACAAAUUUGGCAUUUUAUUCUCUGAUUCCCUGUCUGUAGUAGAAUCAAAUGCUGUUGUUGCUCCCUCUUCAAAUUACCAAUCAAUUUUAAAGCCAAGAAACUGUCUUAAAAUAAUUUUAAAAUUUAUUUGUCUGAUCAAAUAUAAGACAGAAACAAUCAGAAAUUCAUUUCUUGAUGAUUUAUUUCUGAUAUAAAUUUGAUUAUAAAAUAGAACUCAUGGCUGUUCACUCGCUCACCCCAUUAAUUUGCUUGAGUAGUACUAACAGUGUGACGAGUGCAGCUUCUGGUUUGAGACAUGGGAGUGUCAGAGCCUUCUCUUCAGGUUUCUCGUCUCCUCGAUUAAGUUUACAAGGUAAAGCAGUUUCAGGUGAUGAUCAGUCUGAAACGCAAGAUUCCUCCCUGGUGGUUUGUUUUGGGGAAAUGCUGAUUGAUUUUGUCCCAACCAUCAACGGGCUUUCAUUGGUCGAUGCACCUGCAUUUAAGAAGGCUCCAGGAGGUGCACCUGCAAAUGUUGCAGUUGGUAUUGCUCGUCUUGGUGGCUCCUCGGCAUUUAUCGGGAAGGUGGGUGAGGAUGAAUUUGGAUACAUGCUUGCUGAUAUUUUGAAGGAGAAUAAUGUGAACAAUGAAGGAAUGCGUUUUGAUCCUGGUGCACGAACUGCUUUAGCAUUUGUUACACUGAGGAAGGAUGGAGAACGCGAGUUCAUGUUUUACCGUAAUCCUAGUGCUGAUAUGUUGCUUGAAGAAGCUGAACUUGAUUUAAAUUUGAUUAGGAAGGCUAAAAUCUUUCAUUAUGGCUCUAUAAGUCUUAUAACUGAUCCAUGCAAGUCGGCCCACAUUGCAGCAGCAAAAGCUGCAAAGGAGGCUGGUAGCCUUCUGUCAUAUGAUCCUAACCUCAGGCUUCCGCUCUGGUCUUCUGCUGAGAGUGCUCGAGACGGCAUUCUUAGCAUUUGGGAACUUGCUGAUAUUAUCAAGAUAAGUGAAGAAGAGAUAUCUUUUUUAACUAAAGGAGAAGAUCCUUAUGAUGAUGCUGUUGUCCAAAAACUCUUUCAUCCAAAUCUUAAGUUGCUUCUUGUCACCGAGGGUUCAGAUGGUUGCAGGUAUUAUACAAAGGAGUUCAAGGGGAGAGUGAAGGGGAUAAAGGUUGACGCCAUAGACACUACAGGUGCCGGCGAUGCUUUUGUAGCUGGAAUAUUAUCGCAGCUCGCUGAAGAUUUUUCUUUGCUUCAGAAUGAAGACGGACUUAGAGACGCGCUUAAGUUUGCUAAUGCUUGCGGUGCAUUGACUGUAACAGAGAGAGGUGCUAUUCCGGCUUUACCGACUCGAGAAGCUGUUCUGAAUGCCAUACUGAAAUUUGUAGCAUAGUUUCAUCUAAUUAGCUUAAACAAUCCUAUCAAAAUUGCUAGCUAGUUCAUAUUGUUGUAGAUUAUCAUUUUACCAUGAUUUAUCGAGUGUAAUUUAAUCGAUUAUAUUAACGCCUUGCAUUACGCUGUAAUUACCAUAACACUAGUUGAGAUGAGAAAUUAUAAUCCAAUACCAGGAUGAUGAGUUUGUA